AUGAAAGCACUCGCACUAUCGCUGGUCGGCAUUGCCGCUGCCUCACCCUUUCUCCGAGUCCGCCAGAAUAAUGAUCUCGAGAGCUUCAUCGAGCGUCAGCGAAACCUGUCUCUUCCAGCUGUCCUGCGCAACAUUGGCGGUCUCAACGACUCUGAUGUCGAUGGAGCCAACCCCGGUAUUGUCGUUGCGUCUCCAUCUACGGUGAACCCAAACUACUUCUACACCUGGACCCGAGAUAGCGCCUUGACUUAUCUCAUGAUUACGGAUGAGCUACUCUUCGGGACCGAGAGAGUUGGAAACAACAGCUUGCAGGUAGUCAUCGAAGACUACACCACCGCCCAAGCCAUUCUGCAAACCGUGACCAACCCGUCUGGCUCAUUGUGGCCCGCUGGAGCUGGUCUUGGGGAGCCCAAGUUCUAUACCAACAAGACCAGAUUCAACGGCGCUUGGGGAAGGCCGCAGAACGAUGGACCUGCUCUCAGAGCCUCGGCUUUCAUCGAGGCCACCGACGCCAUCUUCGUACGCGCACCCAACGCCUCCGAGAUCGUUGCCAACGUGUACUGGCCCAUAAUCCUGAACGAUUUGAAUUAUGUUGGGCAAUACUGGAACACCUCGAGCUAUGAUCUUUGGGAAGAAGUGAAUGGCAAUUCGUUCUUCACGACCACUGCCCAGCACCGCGCUUUGGUGCAGGGCUCCAUACUCGCAGAAAAGCUCAAUCAGACCUGCGAGCCUUGCCAGCAGGCUCCUGAGAUCCUCUGCUUUCUCCAGAACAACUUCUGGAACGAAACGGGCAACUACCUGCUAGCCAAUAUCAACACCAAUCAAGUCACCCGGUCCGAAGUCAACAUCGACCCCAUUCUUGCCGCCAUGCACGCUUUCGACAUCAACGCCACUUGUGAUGCUGCUGCUCUUCAACCCUGCAAUUCCCGCACACUGGCAACACACAAGGUCGUGAUUGACUCGUUCCGCAACCUCUACCCCAUCAACGAGAACGCCACGGCGCCAACCGCCGUUGCAGUCGGACGAUAUCCUGAGGAUACGUACUACACUGGCAACCCAUGGUACAUCACGACCCUUGCGGCUGCUGAGGUCUUGUACGACGCUAUCGCGCAGUUCCGCAAAAAUGAGACCCUGACCGUUGAUGAGACCUCACUUGACUUCUUCACUGAUCUCUACCCCAACGCCACAGUCGGCAGCUACGAUGGCGACGACCUGGAGAAUAUUCUUGACGCUGUCAUGGAAUACGCCGAUGGAUUCGUCGAGGUCGUUCAGAAAUACACUCCCGAGAACGGCACUUUGAACGAGCAGAUCAACAAGACAACAGGCGAGCCUACCUCUGCCAUUGCUCUCACCUGGUCAUUUGCUGCUUUCAUAACCAUGGCCGAGCGUCGUGAUGGCCAGUUCCCGCCAUCAUGGGGAGCCAGCAGUGAAUUAGCCAACAACAGCACCGAAACUUGCGCCGCUUCUUCAUACAACGCCACUUACUCUUAUCAAGUCGCAGCUGCUGCUGGUGCACCCCAGGUCGGCACUCCUAGAUGCAUGAAGGAGGUCCUCUUCGUCGCCAACUACAGUUCCGCCUUCGGCAACAAUCUUUACAUCGUUGGCAACAACACACUGUUCGGUGGCGACCUGAUGCCUGAACUACCCAUCCAGGUGAUGCGUACAGGCAACAAGACUGAAACAGAGCCGCUCUCCAUAGUGCCCGCUUGGGUCAUCUCACCUCAGACAAUCGAGUACCGGUAUGUGCUGCAGAAUGAGACUGCCGGCACGUAUACUUUUGAGAACAAAACAAUGAUUGUCGAGGUUGGCCCUUGUGACGGGGAGAUUCAGAGAGUUGACGACAGCCCCGCAUUUCCGGGCCAAUAA